AUGCCUUCGAUUCUGUCCUUUGUAGCUGUCAGCUUUAUGCUGGCUAUGUGCGCCUUGUCGCACCCGCUCAGCGAGCUCGAAAAGCGUUACGGAUCCUCUCUACAGCAGGAGACCGGCUUCCCGGGCAAGCCGACCGCCGCUCUCAUGUACACGUACAAGCCCGCCUCGUACAAGGCAGGAAACCCGGUUAUCGUGGCCCUUCACCACUGCCAAGGCACCGCUUCGUCUUACUUCGGCGAGUACAGUGACUGGCCCAACAUGUCUGAUCAAAAGGGUUUCAUGAUGAUCUUCGGAAGCAGUCCUGGCAACAACGGUACCUGCUGGGACGUCUCGUCCAGGGCAUCUCUCAAGCACGAUGGCGGAGGAGACAGUCAGACUAUCGCCAACAUGGUCAGCUAUGCCAAGAGCAAGUACGGGACCGGGGCUGCGUACCUUGUCGGCCACUCGAGCGGUGCUAUGCUCACCCAAGUCAUGGCCGCCGACUACCCUAACCUGUUCGUCGCUGGCGCCGAGUACUCUGGUGUUCCUUCGACCUGCUUCGCCACCAACAAAGCUAUCGGACAGGACUGGAAUGCUACCUGCGCACAAGGAAAGAUUAUCGAGCCCCAAUCCUACUGGGUUUCGAAAGUCAAGGGACAGUACUCCGGUUACGGCGGUCAGUAUCCACGAAUGAUGCUCGUGCAUGGAGACGCCGACCAGACGAUCAACUUCAACAACCACGGGGAAGCCAUCAAGCAGUGGACUGGCAUGCACGGUCUGAACCCUGAUCAGCCAAGCAAGACGUACGCCCUUUCCUCCGACUCACGAUACCAGGUGUCAGAAUAUGGCUCCUCGGUCAUGGCAGUGCGAGCCAAAGGCUUUACACAUGACAACCCCGCAAAAGGUGGGGUCGAGUACGCACCGCUACCGGCCCUUUCGCCGUUUCGGCGGCGACAACGCACUUCCGAUGAAUGGUGGGCAAAAACCAUAGUUGCUGAUUGCAUUAGACGCUCAAAUGAACGAGGCCAGCGGUACGAGGUAACUGCGAGGUCUGAUCUCGACGACUAUGGCUUUCGGUUACCCUUGUUCGAGGGGCCAGUGCUGGUUUGGGCCUUCAAGGACUCUGCUUUGACUGAAGCUGCUCCUACUCCGAGCAAGUGUGUGUUGGACCAGCGUCAAAGAGGCCCAAUCGAGUUCUUUGGCACCCCUCUUAGUCUGGGACAUGACGGUGACAUCGUGGUAGGUGGCAAACCCCUAAACUUCAUCAGUGGUGUUUGUGAGGCCGACGAUACCGACAACGGAGGACGCACUGUGCACCGAAAGGGCUACCUUGCCGAUGCCUUUGAUGUUACACAGUGCCUCACGGUAAGCCACCUUGACCAAGACAAUGCCACCUUCUCGUUCAGCGACUGUCGAUUCAAUGGAGCCGGUGAUGUUUGGUCCUCGCAAUCUUUCGCAUGGACUUUUAACGAAGGUGACCAUUCGGCCACAGGUUUCUUCAACGGCGAAGAUUUCAAUGCGAUUAAUAGCACCCAGGCACCAAUCUAUAACUUCAAGGCAGAGCACAAGCCCGACGCUGACGAAAGGCGCGGCAAGCUGCUGGUCGACUACACCCCUGAAACGAAUACGUACGGGGACUCGAUCCAGAUCUCACACGCUUAA